GGGAUGUAGAGGUGGGAUUGCAAGGACCGAGAAAGCUGGGGGAACCCACGCGUUCAGCCUCUGAGAAAGUACGCUUUUCCAAAAUAACUGACGGUGAAUAUUUUUUUUCUUUUCACAUUUGUCAUUAACAGACAGACACUCUGUAGGAUUGUGUUCUCGGAGAAUAAGCUUUUUUUUCCCUGCCCUUUCUUUUUUUUUGUCACCAUUCUGCACGGCAGGCUGAGAGACGGACCGCUCGGACUGUGGAAGCCCUCCCCUCUACUCGGAUCUGCUUUGACGGCCCAUGGAAGAACGUGGAUGAGGGCUGAGCUGUAGUGCGGGCAGAAGGCUCCGGGGCCUGUCUGUUGUCGGCUGGUUGAUUGGUCCAUUGAGGUGAGGCACCACUCUCACCGGGGCACAGAACGGGCCGAGAAAAGGUCUUUGCUCCCCCUCCUCGCUCACCCCUGCCCCCUUUCCACCCUCACCCCCAACCCAGGCACGUACGCUCUGGACCAUGUCUACCGGGCUGUCGGAGGGGGGCCGGACAGAGGACCUGGAGCGGAGCAGCUGCAAACAGGACUCUCCUGUUACAGAGCGCAGGAACCGCAGUGGCAUCAUCAGUGAGCCCCUCAGUAAGAGCCUUAAGAACUCCCGUACCCUCUCCCAGUAUACAGCAGUCUCCUCUGCCACCACCAAUGGACACACGGACAAUAGUGAGAGUAAGAGCCACUCGGCCAAGCCUCAGCCACCCCCGCAGCCCCAGCCCACUGUCUCCGCACUGACAGCAGCCAAGUUGGACCGAACCCUAGAACAGGUUCUGGAGGGACAGAAUGGCCUGCUGCACUUUGCCCAGGCAGCAGCACUGUUAAAGCGGGCCGGUAUGGAGCACAUGCUCCUGCCUGGGGGCAUGGGAGUGGGAGUUGGCGGUGGAGAUGGAAGCUCGGGGGCUAGCGACUUGGAGGGUACGUCUGUCACGGACGCCGUAGGUGGUCCUGUUGACUUCCCAUAUGGAGUAGGGGGUGGCUUCCCCUUCAACCCGGGGCUUUUCAUCAUGACGCCGGCUGGAGUGUUUCUGGCAGACAGUGCACUACACAUGGCCAGCCUGGCCGAGUACCCGGCGCAGAGUGAGCUGGCCUCUGCCAUCAACUCCGGUAAAAAGAAGCGAAAACGUUGCGGCAUGUGCCCACCUUGCCGACGGCGGAUUAACUGCGAGCAAUGCAGCAGCUGCCGGAAUCGCAAAACAGGCCACCAGAUCUGCAAGUUUCGCAAAUGUGAGGAACUGAAGAAGAAGCCCUCUGCUGCUCUGGAGAAGGUGAUGCUUCCUACAGGAGCGGCGUUCCGGUGGUUCCAGUAGGACUCCUCCUCCACUCCCUACCCAAAGCUCUGCCAUCAAGUGCAAUGCCAACUCCUGGAUUGUCUCCGGAACAGACACUGGCUAAUAAACAAACAAGCAACAAAUAAAAUUA